UGCUUGUGUCAUGAAUGUGCGUGUUUCCUAUUGUUUUAAUGAUGGAAGCUGAAAAGUUUCAUGUGUUGUUUACUCAGUGGGAGAGCAUAAGCAAAGCGUUUAUAAUAAGGAGCGUGUCCCGGUCGCCCUCCCCCUCCCCCUCCACUCGGGACUCCCGGAACACAGACAGUACCAGCGAAGCUCUCGACAAUGAUAAGACGAGCGAGAGUUCGGUGCAGGUGCCGUCGCACGCGGGCGGCGACUCCGCCUCCAUCUCCAGCGGCGAGCUCGCCGUCACCGUCGUCAGCGCCACGCCCACGCAGAACAAGGACAACCCCAGGCUGGCGAACUCCGCGAAGGCCGGGGACGGGAGCCGCACCAAGAAGAAGAGCUGGUACAACGCCCUCUACCCCACAUACAAGAGCAAGUCUGAUGACUUCAAGCGGCUCUUCAAGGAUUUACCUGAUGAUGAGCGGCUUAUAGUCGAUUACUCGUGCGCACUUCAGAAGGAUAUCCUAGCGCAUGGGCGACUGUACGCCUCGCAGAACUAUCUGUGUUUCUACGCCAGCAUCUUCGGCUGGGAGACCACCAUGACAACCAGGUGGAAGGAUGUCACCGCCAUCACCAAGGAGAAGACGGCACUAGUGAUCCCCAACGCGAUCCUAGUGUGCACAGAGGGGGAGAAGAAUUUCCUUACAUCUUUCUCUGGACGAGACAAGGCGUACCUCAUGCUGUUCCGGAUCUGGCAGAAUGCGCUCAUGGACCAGCCGAUGAGCAGUCAGGAGUUCUGGCAGUGGGUGCACAGCAGUUACGGCGAGGAGUUGGGCUUCAAUUCCGACGAGGAGGGAUACGGUCGUGACGCGAUAGACGACGUGCCACCACUGCCAAACGACACGGAUCAGGACCUCACGGACGCCGCCAACAUGGACGCGGACGACACGCGCGACAACCGCGACGCGCGCGACACUCGCUCGCGACACACGGCGCGCCCGCACGACUCCUCGCCACCGCUCGUUACAAAUGGCGACGCAGAGUACCGCGAGGAGGAGGCGGGCGACACUCUGCCCACCGACAUGUCCGACACAUCCGACAGCGAACCCGAGAAACCACACAAUGGUGGCGAAGUGGAGAAGUGCACAGCGGCCCACGACGGCAAGCUGAUCCUGCGGCAGGAGUUCCAGUUCAACAUCGACAACCUGUUCACCAUGAUCUUCACCAACUCCAAGUUCAAUCUCGAGCUCCUUGCCGUCAGAGGCACCACAGACUAUGUACAGGCUCCGUGGCAAGUGCAGGGAGGGCUCAAGUGUCGACAGAUUAGCUAUACACUCGGGCUCACGUCCGGACCUAUAGGACCUAAGGAAGUGCAAGUCACCGAGACACAGGUAAUGAACAAGUGCUCAAAGCCGGGCAUGCUGUACUCGAUCGACUCGACGAGUGACAACGCCGGCAUCCCCUACGCAGACUACUUCAGCGUGCAGGUGCACUACUGCUUGCAGCGGGUCUCUGAUACCGUCACGGAGCUCUCCAUCUACGGACACGUCAAGUACAAGAAGAGCAUGUGGCCUAUGAUUAAAACAUUCCUGGAGAAGAACACAAUAUCAGGGUUGGAGGAUUUUGCCAGGGUGCUGGAGUCCCGGCUUACCAGCGAGGCGGACUGCGUCGUCCCCGCCGCGAGGAAAGCACGCAGGCAUCGCCGCGCUCCCGCUGCGGCGGGGCCGGAGGCUGCGCCCGCGCCGGGCAAGCUGGCGGCCAGCGGGCUGGCGGCCGCGCGAGUGUCCGUGUCUAGGGCUGCCAGGCCUCCGCCCUCGAGGCCCGGGGCCGCCACGUGGCUGGCGGCGCUACUCGCAGUGCUACUGCUCAUCAACGCUGCGCUAUACUACAAGCUUUAUUACACCGACAGAAGCGGAUACGCCUUCGAUAUCGAUGACUUACAAAGCAGGUGAGAACAUUAUUCAAUCGAGUCAUUUUACUCUGAUGUUUAAUCAGUGUGUAGUAGUGUCAUUUCGUUGUGAAUUGAAUAACUUGUGUGUAUGUUCAUGUAGUAUAAGUGAGUAACGCGUGUGUGUGUGGUAGACUGAGUAGUGGUCAGGGCCCGGGCAUGGCGGAGUGGUCGGCCCAGCUGCAGGCGCACGCGCGGCGCCAGCGCGGACAGUUGCUGGCCUGGCGACACGCGCUCGACCGGACCGUGCAACAUCUCGCGCAGGUACCAUCAUACUCUCCACUCAUGUAGCCCUCUAAUAACGUGCCACUAAGAUUUUCUCCAUUAUAUUGUCUCUAAUCAAAAGAACAUCCUGUUGUCUGUUUAGUCAAAACAUUUAUGGU